CAUGGUUACAUGGAGAACAAACCCUUGGGCCUGCAGAUCUUCAUCGGGACAGCGGAUGAACGGAUACUCAAGCCUCAUGCUUUCUACCAAGUCCAUCGCAUCACGGGCAAAACUGUCACCACCACCAGCUACGAAAAAAUCAUUGGCAACACCAAAGUUUUAGAGAUUCCCCUGGAACCCAAAAACAACAUGAAAGCAACCAUUGACUGCGCAGGGAUCCUGAAGCUGAGGAACGCGGACAUCGAGCUGCGCAAGGGAGAGACAGACAUCGGCCGGAAGAACACGCGCGUGCGCCUCGUCUUCCGCGUGCACAUCCCCGAGCCCAGCGGCAGGAUCGUCUCCCUGCAGGCAGCAUCCAACCCCAUCGAGUGCUCCCAAAGAUCUGCUCAUGAGCUUCCAAUGGUUGAAAGACAAGACAUUGACAGCUGCUUUGUUUAUGGAGGACAGCAGAUGAUCCUGACUGGACAGAAUUUCACAGCAGAGUCCAAGGUGGUGUUCACAGAAAAAACAUCAGAUGGGCAGCAGAUCUGGGAAAUGGAGGCCACAGUGGACAAGGACAAGAGCCAGCCUAGCAUGCUUUUUGUCGAGGUACCGGAGUACCGCAACAAGCACAUCCGCACGGCCGUGAAGGUCAACUUCUACGUCAUCAACGGCAAGCGGAAAAGAAGCCAACCCCAACAUUUUACCUACCACCCAGUACCAUCAAUCAAAACAGAGCCCAUUGAUGACUAUGAUCCAGCCCUAAUCUGCAAUACAGUACACAGUGGUCUGGGAACAGUAACACAGCCUUACUAUUCACAGCACACAAUGGCCACCGAGUCCCCCUCCUGUCUCGUGGCCACUAUGGCUCCUUGCCAGCAGUUGCGCUCAGGCCUUCCCUCUCCCGACUCGCGGUACCACCAGCCGAACCCUCCCGCCGUCAUCUACCAGAGGAGCAAGAGCCUUAGCCCGAGCCAGCUGGGCUACCAGCAGUCCAACCUGAUGGCCACGCCAGUUGCCAUCUCAGAUGCCCACAGGUCGGUGCUGAUGCACACUGGCUCUCCAGGCCAAACUUCCGCGGUGCUCCACCACUCUCCAGGCACCCAGCAGUCUUCUCCCGUGAUUCACUACUCGCCGACCAACCAACCGCUCAGAUGUGGGAGUCACCAAGAGUUCCAGCACAUCAUGUGCUGUGAAAAUUUCAGCUCCAACGUGACAAGAUCCAGCCAGCCCCAGGUCAGCCAGGCGCAGAGGCUGAGCCCAGGCUCGUACCCCACGGUGAUCCAGCAGCAGACAGCCCCGGGCCAGCGAGCGGCCAAGAACGGAGCUGCGGGCAGUGAGCAGAAAGAGGUGCUACCAGCAGGAGUCACCAUCAAACAGGAGCAGAACCUGGACCAAGCCUACCUGGAUGAUG